GCAACUCAGUUCUGAUACUUCACAACCAAACACAAAAAAAAACUCUCUCUUCUCUAAAAAACUGGAGAGGACUUAAAAGAAGAUUAUACAGAGAACUGGAGAUUGGAAAAGAUUUUAUUGAAGUAGGCGACACUGAAGAAGGUGUCGCUCAGGGUUUUAGCUCUCUUGAAAUCGCGUACUGCAUCGAGAUGGAGUUGCAGGCCAUUUCAAAAACAGGAGACCAAGAUUUUGCACCAAAAAAUUGUUACUCUCGGCUUGCAAAGCAGCAUCCCAUUAUCAAAGGGCCUUACAGAUUUGUACUGUUGUUGCCAAGAUUUCCGAUCCGCCAAGUUGGUCUUCCAGAAUCUUAACAACCCUCUGGACAUCACUUUAUGGAAUGGCCUCAUGGCGGCUUAUACCCGCAACUCCGGCUUCAUCGAAGCUCUUGAGCUCUUCAUCAGGUUACUGCUCUUAUCCCCUUACCUCAAGCCCGACGCCUACACUUAUCCCAGUGUUCUUAAGGCAUGUAGCGGUCUAGGUUGCCACGUGCAAAUCGGUAAAGCAGUACACGGCCGCUUGAUCAAGACUGGUUUCUUGUUUGAUGUGGUCGUUGCAAGCUCUGUGGUGGGAAUGUAUGCAAAAGGGGGUGAUUUUAAAGCAGCGACUGAGGUGUUUGAUGAAAUUCCUGUCAGAGAUGUGGCUUGUUGGAAUACUCUUAUUUCAUCUUAUUACCAAAGUGGAGAGUGCGGCAAAGCUUUAGAGUUGUUCGAGAAGAUGAAGGAUUCUGGAAGCACGCCAAACUCUGUGUCUUACACAGCUGCCAUAUCUUCUUGCGGAAGGCUUCUGGAUUUAGACAGAGGCGAGAAGAUCUAUGCUGAACUUGCGAAAGAUGGGGUUUCCCCAGACUGUUUUGUUUCCUCUGCUCUUGUGGACAUGUUUGGGAGAUGCGGUCAUAUAGAGAGAGCAGAGGAGGUGUUCAGGCGAAUCCCAAACAAGACUUUGGUUUCUUGGAAUGCCAUGAUUUCCGGGUAUAGUUUGAGAGGCGAUAGCAAGGCGUGCAUUGACCUUCUUCUGAGGAUGAAUGAAGAAGAUAUCAAACUUUCUCUGACAACCUUAACCAGCUUGCUGAUGUCGUGUUCCAGAUCGGCCCAACUGUUGCACGGUAAGUUUGUCCAUGCUUACAUCAUCAGACACAAUAUCGAAACCGAUAUGUUUGUUCAAUGCUCGCUAAUUGAUCUCUACUUUAAAUGCGGAAAAGCUGAGACCGCCAAACGAGUCUUUAGUACAACCCCAAAAGGCGAUGUAACUGCCUGGAAUACAAUGAUCUCUGGGUUCGUGUCAUCCGGAUUUUACUUGGAUGCCCUUGACAUCUAUAGUGACAUGAAUGUGGUGGGAAGUAUAAAACCUGAUGCAAUCACGUUCACUAGUGUAUUAGUGGCUUGUUCACAAUUGACAACCUUAGAUAAAGGGAGAGAGGUUCAUAAUAGUAUAGUUGAUCAUAAGUUCGAUUCAAAUGAAAUAGUAAUGGGAGCACUACUGGACAUGUAUGCCAAAUGUGGUGCUGUUAAUGAAGCUUUUGAAGUGUUCUCCCAUCUUCCCCGGAGAGAUAUUGUCUCAUGGACCUCUAUGAUUGUGGCUUAUGGGUCCCACGGCCGGGCACUUGAAGCUUUACACCUCUUCCAUGAAAUGCUCCAACUGUCUGAUAUUAAACCUGACAAGGUCACAUUUCUUGCAGUCAUUUCGGCUUGUAGCCAUGCAGGAUUAGUUGAUGAGGGUUGCCAUUAUUUCAAUUUAAUGAUUAAUUAUUAUGGAAUCAAACCUGGAAUUGAGGACUACUCUUGUCUCCUAGAUCUUCUAGGACGUUCCGGAAGAUUAAGUGAAGUGUAUGGAAUUCUUCAGAGACACCCUUCCAUGAGAGAAGAUGUUUCGUUGUUAAGUACACUGUUUUCUGCUUGCUAUAUGCACAAGGAAGAAGAAGGUAUCAGGGAGGAAGUUGCAGAACUUCUAAUCCAGAAAGGUUAUAAUGAUCCAUCAACUUAUGUGGUUAUGGCAAACAUGUUUGCAAUUAAAAAGGAAUGGAGCAAAGUGAUGGAUAUGAGAAUGAAGAUGAAAGAACUUGGGUUGAGGAAGAACCCCGGUUGUAGCUGGAUUGAAGUUGACAAGAGAAUGCACACCUUCUUUGCUGAUGACCAAUCAUUACCAGCUGCCGAAAUGGUAUACCAAUGUCUGAACACAAUAAGCAACCAUAUUGACACAUCUGAAAUUAUGGUGAUUUGGGACCAGUGGCAUUGCCACCAAGACAUGGUGAAUCUUUGAAAAGUACACAUGGAACAUGAAGGGGUGUUAUCCAUUGUGUUUAGCAUAAGACAUGUCUUCCAGGGCUUCUAUAUAGCACGGUGGUGGGCGUGCUAUUCGUGGUCGAGUAAAUAAUGGUGCUUUUGUUGGUGCGGGAACAACCCGAAACUUGUCUUUAGGGGAACAUAUGACUGAAUGGUCAUCACUCACCCAACACCCCGCAUCAAAUGCAAGCACCUCAUUUGCUUCAAUUACUAGGGCUGAUCUGUUUAUGUAGCCUAACGUGACACAACAAAAUGUCCCACACACAGCACUGCGACCACAUCAUAGUCGUCUGAAAGUAAAUCAUAAAGUGAAAAGUCUUAGAAAACUAUUGUCACAAAGUUGUUUACUGGAUGACCACCCAACUAUGGAAGUUUGGAACCUAAGGCUCGUGAAGAAUACAUAUCACGAUUCUUGCAAGAGUAUACAUGGACACCGUCAGAUAAUGGACAAAUGAUUUCCAAACUUCAUUCAACGUUUUCUAGUCGUUAUACGGCACGCAUGUCAAAUAUGAGACUACAUGUACAAAAACAAAAUCCAGAUUUUCUUGAAGAUCAAUAUUAUACAAGAUUCAUUCCCUACUGACCAGAGCUUGUAACUCCUCACACAUGGGUUAAAUUAUGCAACUAUUGGAACUCUGAUGAAUGGAAGAAGUCUGAAUUUGUAAGGUGUAAUCGUGUUGGAAACCUUGGUGAGGGUGAAGUUCCUGCUAAAACAAAAGGUAGAAAGUCAAGAGAAGUUUUUUAUUUUGAAAUCGCGGUAGAAAUUGGCCGAAUUCCCAUAAUGGAGGACUUUGUUGAUGAGUGGUGUACAAUUGACCUUACACAGACCAGCCGCAUCCGACAACCCAUGCUCGUUGAUUGAAAAAUAUGGACCAGAUCAGGCACAACAUCCGAUGUUUGACUAUGAGGUAUGGGCAGAGAUUGGACUAUUAGUUGGCGUACCAGGACAAUUAUCUCAUCCUCAUUUGCUUCAACCAUCUAAACCGGAGGAGGAUUAUGGAUCGCAAACCCAUUCAUAAAAAAAGCUGCCAAGCACUGACCGAUGACUGUUACUCAUUCUUCAAAGGAGAUUUUCAGCAAUGGACAUGCCUGUUAGUCUCAAUAUGAAAAAUGUGUUAUAUCACGUGAACUCGGAUGUAGAGAAGUUCUGCACACUGUAAAGGAUGCAAGCAUGAAGCAGCAUUAUAGACAGCGUGAAGGUUGUGAAGCAAUGAUUCUAAUACAGAGAGAAAAAAAAUGGGACCAUGUGAGUGGUGAGGAAGUUUGUGAGAAACCAUAGUCAUCCCUUGACUGCAGAUUCACCCCUCAAUGGCCAUUUAUCUUCCGUAAGAUUCCUUUUUUCUUUCUUUUUUGUAUGAAAAAGUUAUUGUGUUUGUGUUCUGUGAUCGUUAAGGUUUGUCUGGAAUUUGGAUAAAGUUAUUGAAAGAAAAUCUAGGGAAAUUUUGGAAUGGAAAUGUGAGGAAAACAGUAAACAUUUGUUCAACCUGAAAUGAGUUAUUCUUGAUAUUUGUUAGAAUUACACAUUGCUCAGUUAAGGAGCGAGUCAUGGGUUAAUAAGUCUAUGAGUUGAACUAACAAAAGGGUUGGAUUCAAACUUUGAGUGUCUUAUGGCCCAAUAGAGGUUCCCAAAUCCAAUCCUGAAUUUUAUGGCCCAAUUGAAAACUCAAAAUAUGUGUGAAUCUUUUAAACACAUUAAUCAUAUUUCAUUACCCUUUUGCAUUUGUUUGAGGUAAAGCCAAACACAAGAAUGCAGAUUUUCUUAUCUUUAUUUUCUUUCCUUGGUGUUUUAUGGGAUCCAAGCGCACCUCAAAUAAUUCUAUUUAUUUGCCUCGUGUGCAGCUUUGCAAUUAUAUUCUUCUUUGUGUAUAGCUAUAAGCCUAUAAUGAUAGAUGAAUCAAGAAUGUUUGUUUGCAUGUGGCUCUCAAGUAUAACAUAUGUUGAAGCAUAUUGUGUUUUUAUUUUUUUAAAAGCUUUUCAAGUAACACUUGGGUAAAAUAAAAUCACUAUAUGACAUGAUUCGACUAGGGCUGCAGAAGUAAGUUAUGUUGUGUAACAUUAUUAGAUAUAGCAGUAAGUGGUGCACUAAAUAUGUAGUCCUCUACUCCUCUUUGAUUUUGGUCAUGAUUUCCUCAAUACAUCUUUUGUUUUCUUUUCUUUUCUAGCCAAAACUAUAUUUCUCCCAUUUUAUAAAUGAUUAGGAGAAAAGAAAGCUAUCACACAAACACGAAAGCCCAUCCAUAAGUGCUAUCUCAUUUAAGGACUUGACUGAAGUGUUCUUUGAAAGCCCUCCUAUAUGCUUCUUCCCUGCUUUGUUAUGUAAGAAUUAAAAAUAUUAUUUGUCCUGUAAAGGUACUUUUCAAUAAAGGUGGGAGGACUAAAGGUCAAAAGGAAUACGAAUUGUGCACCCAAAGUGGAAGAUUUAAAAGUUAAAGCUGAUAGUGGAAAUGACUAAUUACUCUUGCAAAAUACAAUGGAAAACUCUUCAAUACCAGUCUUAACUGUCAUAACCUUUAUUUGUUAUGGUAUAAUUCCAAUUUUCCCCGUUUACUAACGGCACGGUUACGUCUUUCAUCUUUAUCGUACAUGUGUAUGAAAACACUAGGGUGCAUGAUAAUGGUGCUAUGCGCAUAAGUUAAUGAUAUAGAGAAUUGGAACUCCCUGAGGCAGUUCAUGCUAUAAAAACUGAAAUUUUUGCCAUUUCCAAUGCCAAACCUUUUCCCUCUAAUACCACCCAGAACCCUUUCACCAUUUGUAUAACUAAACCCUAUAAGCCCAAUAAUGCUUUAGAUGUUAAGUCUUGGACAAAGCCUCCCACUGGUCGCCACAAAAUAAACCUUGCCACAAGGCAGUUUACCCCUACCCUGUGCCGUACUGCUGCAACCCGCUGGUCGCCACAAAAUCCGUGAUGAAUGAGGCAACUAUUUUGGCCACCCACCACUUGCACGCAUAAUAGUCAUGAUCUGACCAUAGCCUCUUAUGAUGCUAUCAUUGACACUAUUAUCCACAUCAUUAAUACUAAUGUGUCUAAUUUUGUUCUUGAGGUUGAUAAUAAGGACAUUUACGAAGGAAUGAAAGGACUGUCACCUCAACAUUGGAAGCACUGGACUAGCUACAAGAGAUCCAGAGAAGGCUCAAAAACUACAACUGUACAAUCACGCAUAUCCAUCCAAAGAUCAAUAGAGCACGGAGUAUUUGGCUCUUAGAAACAUUUCUAUAAAAACCUUGAAUCAUCACUUUAAUCAUUUUGUUGGUAUCUUAAAGUUUGAUGCAAUUGGUUAUCCUUAUGCAUUUGAUUCUGAGUAGGUUUUGGUAUAAUCCUCCUACUCUUUGUAGUAAGUUUUCUUUCAUAAUAAACACUUAAACAGGUAGGGUGUUCCCUGGCACCUACUCCAAGAAAGCCAAUAAGCUUUCUUGGUCUCCAACCAGGUAAAAAAAAAAUAGCGAAUUGGAAUAACUAUUGAACCUUGUAAUUGUAGUUGUACUAUAAGUCUAUACUUAUUGACAAUGAUUUUCUUAUACGUUGAA